UAAGAUUUUGUGUUCGAGCUGCAUGCAGCAUAUGGUGUAUGCAAACAGACGGCUGAUUUUUUCUAUUUUAUAAAUCAGAAUUUUAUUAUCGUAAAUAUAUUAUUAACUGUAUUGCGACAGUGUGAAGAUGGAAUCUAGCAAGUCCGAAUCUACACCGAAACAGGCUAUGGUGUACAUUUGCGGAGAAUGUCAUCAUGAUAAUGAAAUUCGUCCCAGAGAUCCUAUUCGGUGCAGAGAAUGUGGAUACAGAAUAAUGUACAAGAAGCGUACCAAAAGACUUGUUGUAUUUGAUGCUCGUUAAACAUAAGCAAUACAAUAGAUGAUGAAAAUGUGAUGCAGCUUUAACAUCUAAGAUUCUUAGAAUAUUUCUUAGUUUGCAUAUAAAGGUCUUGUCUAAUUUUUAAUGAAACAAUACACAGUUUUAUCGGAAAUUAACUUUUUAUUCCUGUCCCACAUUGACUCUGUUCCUAGAGUUGUACUUUCGUUCUUGCAAAAUCACUAUACAAAGUCGUAUUCAUAUUACAUGAAUUUUCCUUCGUACAAUUUACGUUACAAUCUCUGGGCCAACAGAUAAAUAAUUUGUUACUUGAAAGAACUUGUGUUUAUGUAUCAAUUCAGAAUGCACAAUAUAUAAAAUGUUUUAAGCAAUAUGUUUCUUCUUUUUAUUUACAAUAAAUAAAAAUUAUAUUUAUCAAUAGUUUAACGGAGUUCACAGAAUCAGGAAGAGAAAUGACGGUGACACUGGCAAAACACAAUGGCAUUAUUACAACACCGUAAAACCCGUUCUCAAGUAUAUACUUAUAAAAUUUUUACUCCGGUCCCAUUGUCUGAUAUCGAUGGGCAAAAGAGCCCGAUGCAGUUAGUUUUAAUUAAAAGGUUUCACGAUAAAGUUACUGAAACCAGAGAGGCGGUUUGUGUUAAAGUAGCCAGAGCUCACAAAAGCACAUGAUGUAUUUGCGCGAGCAUAAAGAUGAAAUAUUUCCUUUUCACGUCUCUCUCAUGAAAAAACGUUUAUAAAAUCUUAAAGAUCUACAUAUAUCAUCUAUAAUACAUAUAAAAUACUAUAUUGCCAGGUAUUUGUAAGUGUCACCGUUCACAUACCACGUGCAUAUAAAACUUAAAUCAUCCAUAAAAAUAUAGGGUGGGGGCAGAACGGGGUUAAACAGGGCAUAUUUUUAGAGAUACCCUAUGAAAUCAGAUGACGAAAAGCCACUCUAUUUCUAAAAUGUAAACCGAUGUAGAACCAUCUACAAAUUUGACCUUUUCCGCAUUGUUUUCAAAAUCGUCUAAUACUGUGUCUGGAAGAAGCCAAGCCAACUUUUUGUGAAAAUUGCAAAUGUACACAUUUGCAAUAAUAAAUAUAUAUAUAUAUAUAUAUAUAUAUAUAUAUAUAUGUCUCUGUUCUACAAAUACACAUUGUACUCGCCUUUAGGAUAUUAGUUCACAAUAUGAUUCUUUCAGUGCUUAUCACAAUAUAGGUUUCUUAACUGAGGUCUAAUAUAGAAGUAUCAUCUUAAAAAACAUUUACAUGAAUUUUUUUAUCAAGUUGUAUAGAAUAAUAACAGUGUAUGUAUGUAAAGACAAGUGUAGAAAGAUAAUUAAAAUUGCAUGCUCAUGAAGAAUUACACAGCCAAAUCUGUUCUGAAAUAAUAAGGAAGAUAAUAAUUAAAAUAUCGAUCGUUCAAUGCAAAAUCUAAGAAAUCUUACAA